AUGAUAAUCACACCGUAUCUGUUCAUGCAAUGGCAACGGGAUGGCGGCUAUUCCGUUACGCAUGGAAGCGGUGUGGCAGUCGAGUUUCGUUUGGUGGUGAAGGUGAAUGAAGAGGCAUGCACGUUUAGUUUUGGCGGAUGGUCAGCCUGUCUUUUUAGAUCAUCUGGUUAUGUACCUUCCGUACGUCUCGUGUGGCGGGACUUCAUGUGGGAUGUUCUUCAUUUGGAAAAGCAUCAUCAUCACACCUUUGAUGAGUGUGCCUGCACGUUUACGCAACGAAAAACGACCGUCGUACAGUACGGCAGCACAAUGCUCCGAUCCGGCGGCCACACAGCGACUGAGCCCCGCUCCACUCGAGUCCAGCCCGACGACGUGAUGCCAUCCCAAGGACACCUGCGACAAGCAGCCCGCGACGACAGCAGCCGCGGCGGCGGCGGCGGCGGUGGCGGUGGCGGCGCGGCGGAUGCGACCCGCGAUGCCACGUCAUCAGCACGUACCCACGGCACGGCGACCUCCGUCGGGUUGCCGUUAUCGGGAUCGGCCGCCGUCGCCGUCGGCAUCGCCGUCGGCAUCCCCCGACCCCACAGGAAGAGACGUCCUGCCGCGUCGAUCCAGGCGCUGCGGUCACCGCCGCCGUACACCUGUCGUAAAACAAAACAACCCAUGCCGGAGCCACGGCCUUUAAACAGAGAUGAGAUGACCGUUGUUGGUGGUUGUGAUGAUGGUGCUUAUGGCUGUAAUGAUGAAAGCACAUGUACGAGAACUGGCGACCACAAGAUGGCCGUUGGAGAUGGCCGUUGGAACCGGCUUGCGCCGCCACCGCCGUCAGCGCGGUCUACCUGGCGGGGGCCGCCGCCGCAGCUACGGCCACUGGCUGCAGUGCCUAGUUGCAACCUGCGAUUCGAUCCAAAGCCGUACACUGCCGCGACGGCCCAGUUCCAAGGACAGCGGUUGAGGGCGCAUCGCGACGGCGACAUCAGGUCCCAGGCCGAGCUGACCUCGAUCAUUCCGCCCCGCCACCACAACCUGACCACAGCCUGGACCGCCCAAAACCACCAACCACCAACCACCACGGUGGAAAAUGACCAGCAGGAGGAGCACGCACCCGCACCCCUUGGUGUACCCCUACCCGCCAAAAACACAGUAUGCUCCCAGCCGCAGGCCACUUGUCGUACUUCCCGUACAUGCCCCGGCAGAGCCACGCGCCGCGGCAACGGCAGCACUCGUGUGGCGCCCUCUCCCUCCGCUUUGCCGCCCCCACCGGCGCUUCCAAUCCCUGCUGCUGCUAUUCCUGCUACUGCUGCCGCCGAUUCAUCUCCUCCUAUCCUUCGUGCGGCAGGUGCUACAGCUCCUGCAGCGUUUGAGGCUACCUUGGUGGCAGCAGCAGCGGCGGCGCCGCCGCCACUACAGCCUCCCAGCUUCUUGUGUAGCUGCUCUGUACGGGGCAGCUACGCCGCCAUUUUCACCCAUUCCCCCCACAUGGGUACGGAACACUUCGACAGUGACCGAUCGAUUAACGCCCCUGCAGUACUGCCGGAGGCCGCCGCCACCGCCACCUGGUCUUGGGUGCCGUGGGCCGCUUCGGGGCAAUGGAUUCGGGGUACCGGCAACAAUAUUGCUAUUAAUAUCUCAAGCGACAACAUGUACCGGUUUCGUGUGGCAGUUACUCCCAGGCGCAACCUUAUCUAUGCAAUUUCUGGUCCAAAUGACACCAUCGUGGCAUUCAACUUCACCCGUAAUACUCGCGGUUUCCAGUCGGCUAUUUGGUCUACGCCUCAGAUUUCCGGUCUUGCUGAGAAGCAGCCCGUCCUCAACGUUGACACCAGUACAGACCAGGUCUAUUUCCUUCAUCCAGUCGAUGGAAGGAUAUACUGCUAUGACGCAAGCCAGCAAGGUCCCAACGCUGCUGCUCCUGUAUGGGUCUCCUCCUUUGUGUGCUCAGACCCCGCCGAUACGCGAAACCAGCACCUUCAAGCCUUCACCGCAAACGGCACAUGGCUGCUUGCCCGCUGCAAUAGCAGUGUGGUGAUGGUGGGUCCAAGGGGCCAGCUGCUAAAGACCUUUGCGGGCAGCAGCAUGCGGGCCUACGUGGCGAGCUCAGACCUGGCAGCUGCCAUCUCCGUGUACAACAACUUCACUCGGUACCAGUCUGCGUUUGAUUUGGGUCCAUUACUUCCCGGCGUGAGGGAGGGGGAAAUGGAUCUGAGUGUACUGCCAACACCGGUUAUCGCCAAUAAGUUCAUGUACGGCAUCGUACAAGGCUUUAAACCGUCGUCGGUUCCGGGUUUAUACCCCGACGAUUAUUGCUGGUGGUUUUUUGCCGUCAAUUGUACGGUGCCCAAAACACCUACAUUGCUAUGGGUGUCCCAGAGACAAGGGACCCGGGGCUUCCUGGCGCCGCAGGUUCCCUGGGUGACAGCCCCUGCCGUAUUCAUUACUGACUACCAGCAGAAUGCCACACGGGGGUUCGACAGAACCACGGGUCAGGCCUUUUUCAACGUCCCCACAGACCCCUACACGUUGAAAGGCGCUACUCCGCCCAAGGGGACUUACAAAAUUAGCCUGCCAUGGGUGUCGUACGACGGUUACUUUCAGGUCUUUCAGAAUGACGAAUGGCAGUACGACCAAGGCAUUGAGGGCGCCGGAUCCAUUGGGAAUAUACUUUCCUUACUCGGCACUCCCUUCAAACCUCCACUGCCCCCCUAA